UCGAGAGUCCUACUUUUGCCUCUUGCUUGCUCUUUUCAAAUUUCUACAAUCAAACUUCAAUCGAUCAAAAUGUCGGGCCAAUCUAGCGUGGGCAACCGCAGCCUCUACGAAGCAGGCGACCAGCGCAACGUGCCUCAGUCCGUCCUCAACCAGCAGGACCGCUACAAUGAGGGCCAGAAGCACAGCCAUAAGAACUUGGAUCCGAAGGACGAACGCUCCAUUGCCAACAAGCUCGCUGCUCGUGAGAAGCAGCCUGACCCUAGUCAUCAUCACAACUAUGAUGUCAAUCCUGAGGCGGAGAUUAGCAAGAAGGAUUCUACUAAGCCGGCCAAGAUCCAUGGCAACGAGCCGUCAAAGGGAGCCAAGAUUGACCAGGAGCUCAAGGAAGAAGACGAGCAGAGACUGAGGGAGAAAGGUAUCAAGAAAUAAAUUCGCCCUGGAGGCUAUGGUGUAACAACCAAAGGUUAUGCUUCUUCGUCCACAAGCUGGUUUGAAAUGGCAUCUUCUGUAAUUUUAGCAUGUACCGGUUGACGAAAUAAUGGGAAUUGAUCAGCAUUAACGUGCACGUUUGCGUACAUUUCUAUAUCCUCUGCUAUUAUGCAAC